AAAAGAACAGAAAAAAGAGGAGGGGGGGGGGGAAGAAAAACCAAGAAAGAGACAUUGUGUACCACGUUUUCUGAUGGGGUGGAAUUGCCAUGCCCCUCCUUGGAGACGAACCAGACAAGGCGUCACAGUGGUCUGUGUGUUUCACUGUCUGUGCCUUCAUUGGUUGUCAUUACUAACUACUGAUACCUCUCGCUCUCUAUAUACCAUAUAUGUAUAUGGAUGGAUAUAGUAGUAUACUCCUAACUUAGGUACAGUACAUACAUACCUUACCAAGGUAUGGACAUUCACCAGCCAGUCAAAGAAAGAUGCUUAGAAAGAGUUAAGAUCUAUUAAUAUGCGAUAAGAU